AGGAUAUUUAACCCGGAAGCAGAAGGGCAGUAUUGGAACUAUAAAAUUCUCAAUCGCGGCGAAGAAUUCUGACGCUUGAAAUUGCUGCUUAUUGGGCAGUUCGACCAAUUCCCCCUAAACCUGGCAAUAUUCUAUUUCAGUUUUUCCAAUCGUUUUCUUUUCUUAGCGACCAAUUUGGAUUCUCCAUUCCUUCUCGCCUCUUGUUCCUCGGUGAAAUUGCAGCAAAAUUGAAUUUGUCCUAGCCACAUGGAGAUUGAUUUGCAUGCUCAUCGUGUUUGAAGAGUUCAUCCAUCUAGCAAAAUGAAAGGCCGUGUAACAUGGGAUGAGGCUAACAUUGAAGAAAUUGAGGCAAACAAACCUGUGAGGCAGAAAAUUACUGAGCCCAAGACUCCAUAUCAUCCUAUGAUUGAUGAUGAUGAUUCUUCAUCAUCUCUUCAAGGAAGCUUUAAUUCGUGUAUUGACAAUGAUAAUGUGGCAGUGGGAGCUGAAGAUGGCGCCUCUUGUAGCAGAAACAGGAUUGGUCGAUCUAGUGGCUGGACAUCAUCUGAGGAUGAAUCAGAUGCAGUGGAACAAGAUGAUGAAGAUAGGAGCCUGAGGUUCAAAGAACACAGAAAAGCUCACUAUGAUGAAUUUUUUAAAGUCAAAGAGCUUCGGCAAAAGGGUUCUGCACUUGAGGAAGAAAGCGAUGAAGAUGGUAAUAUUGAACUUGGUGAAAAGGAGAAUUGUGACUCAUCAUCACUGAGUGCAAGUGUGAAAGGGAUGGACAUUGAUGGAAAGAAAGAAGACUUGCUCCGGGCCCCCAGCUAAUUUUUCUGGGGAUGGUGAUCAGCAAAUAAAGCCCACUCCCUUAUUUUGGGUCUUUUCUUUUAUUUUGUGGAUAAGAAAUAACUGUACGAAUCACUUGUAUUCUAGGUACAAAGUGUAGGCUUUCAUUCUUCAUCCACAAUGAUUAUUGAUCAUCCAAACCAGCACGAUCCUACACAAUCUUGUAAUAUGCUAAAUGUGAUGGGCCCUGACAUGAACUUGUAAGUCAGAGUUUUUAGGGAAUUUGUUUGUGGGUAUGGGCAUUGUUUGCAUGGCUAUAAAAUAAUAUAGAUGGGUGCUUGAAUAUUUUAUAUAGUUGAUAGCUUGUGUCCUGAUUGUCUCCCUCCUGUAUAGCCAACACUUGAGAAAUUGUAUCCAAGAUUUUCCCCCUUUAUUGACAAGAGUUUAUAUGCA